GCUCACGGAAGAGCAGGACUGUUCGUUCACGGAGGGCUCUUACUGGUGUGAGAGUGUGUGUUUACGGGGCUGUGAACGGAACGGUGACGCCAGUGCGUGUGAGCUCGAGCAGAGGAGCUGUCCAGCCGCCGCGGUGCUGAAACUCUCGCGUCCAUCCCGCCCCGCUUUAUCCUGAGUGGCGGCGGGUGACAGGUUGCGCGUGGACUGGAGCCCGGGAAGCUCGUACUCCGACCUCGCGCUCUUGGGCAACACACGGACCAGUUUGGCGCGCAGCCUGGAAGCGACAUACUUGGACUGUUACCUCAAGGUAAAUGUUGACGACAACAACGACAUGUUACCAAAAUCCAGACGAGCUCUCACCAUUCAAGAGAUCGCAGCGCUGGCUAGAUCUUCACUUCACGGAAUCUCCCAGGUGGUCAAAGAUCAUGUGACAAAGCCCACGGCGAUGGCGCAGGGCCGUGUGGCCCACCUGAUCGAGUGGAAGGGGUGGUGUAAACCCACCGACACGCCCAUUGCCCUGGAGUCUCACCUCACGUCUUACUCGCAUCUGUCUGAGGGCGAGCAGGAGGCACGCUUCGCUGCAGGGGUGGCAGAGCAGUUUGCGAUCGCGGAGGCAAAACUUCGUGCCUGGUCUUCAGUGGACGGUGACGAAUCUAAUGAAGAUUCUUACGAUGAAGAUUUUUUACCUCCAAAUGAGCCAGUCACACAGAGCACAGAUCUGUCUUCGUACCCUCACUACCUGCGGGAUCUAUUACACACUCAAGUGUGUCAAGCUCACUUGCGGGAUCGAGGUCUGUGUGAGGCCGAAAGCGGCGUUGGAGCCGACCUUUCACCUCUCGUGGGGUCACCGGGGUCACCGUCGGAGACGCUCUGUUCCAGCAUGUGCAGCUUGGACGAAAGACACCCGUUGCUACGGGACCUCGGUCGCCACACGGAUGCUCCCGCGGCCGACCUCGCCGCCAAGAUUCUCAGAGCGCUUCAGGGAGGGGAGGAGCUACUCUUGGCCCGCCUCCAGCGGGCAGGGCACAGACGAGGCCACUCCCCAUGUUGCUUGGCAACAUACUCUGAGACAUUCGAAGACGAGGACACGCCUUGUAAGGACUGUGGAGGCGGAGUCUGUCUCCCGCCGGCAUAUUCCACGCGUAGAAAGGUGUCGGACGUGGCCUCGUCUGGUGUAGUCUCGCUGGAUGAAGAAGAUGUAGAGGAAGAGGAGGAGAGAGAAGAACAGUGACCAACUGUCAAUCAUCUCCCAGUUUGACAUGACUCUGCAUGUUUAUUUUGGACUCCUCCCACUAAUUUGCAUUUUGGUCUUUCCUCAUCCCGUUUUGGGUGCCAGUUGCUCUCGUGGUUUCGACCUUUAGUACCGAAAACGUAAGACAGAACCUUUACAUUACGUCUUAAAGAAUGAGCAACAAGUUUUGCAAAGGAGGAUCUAAAGACUGACUUAAAUAUCUUUGCAUGUAGUGCAAGUGCCGAACUGAACAUACGGUCAUAAAUGUUUGGAUCUGGACAUCCAGUUGUUUAGCACGGUUAGUGGAUUUGGCCGUUGUGUAACCCUGCUCCUUAUAUGAUGUCAGGCCACAUUGCAUUCUGGGUCUUGAUGACAUGACGCCUGUUCCCUGGUCCCCGGUUGCAUCUUUUGGGCAUGGCUUGCUGAGUAUGUCAGACUCAAACUAUCUGAUCUGUCACUCGUUUAUGAGGCGAUGCGGGAAUGCCGAAUGUUUAUACAGUGACAGAAAGAUGCAUUUAAGAACAUAGAAUGUGUAAAAAUACUGACGAUCAAGUUAUGCUUUUGUUGAAAUCGAUUUGCAGAUGUUACCAGUCCAGAAUGGCCUUUUUACCGCCACGGUAAAUGUGCACAUGCUGCUCUAAACCACUAAGGGGCGCUAUAACCAUGCUUUUUCAAUAGGCGUGAGCUGAACGCGUCAAAGCUCAUUCUUGUGAGAAGCAAACGUCGCGUGUCGGUGUUGUUUUUAGAGAGUGUGAUUUUUCAAUUAUAAUAUGCAAUAUGCCUAUGAUAAAAUCAUGAGCUAUAACUUCAAUGUUACCAUUAAAGGCCUAUUCACACCGAAUUUGUAAGACAAACUGGCGAUGAAAGGUCUAUUCAGACCGAGACCGUAACAAAUAAAAUUAAAAACAAUUUUAACCCUGUACAGUAGGCGGCACUGUUGCUAUUUUACAAACAUAUUUUGUUUUCCUGCUCGGAGCUUCUUGAGCUAUCGAUGCAUAAGAUAAUUAUUGUUUUAUGCUGUUAAGGCAUUUAUUUAACCAGUUUGGCGUAACUGUUUCAUUAUGUUCUUUCCAUGUUUUUAAUGCAUUUUAAGGAAUAAAGGAUAUGUGUUUUUUGUUCGAGUGAGAUGAGUUGCAUAAAUAUACAUCCUCUUUAUAUUUGCACAUGUAUUUUGCUAUGAGAAUAUUCUAAAUGGACUCCCGAACCGAACUUCUCUUUUUUUUAAUGACUGGAUAAUUCAAUACAAGGUGCUGUGAUAUAAAUACACAUGAACUAAAACAGGUAUAGCAUAAAAUAUGAUGCAUUUAAUCAUUGCAUAUUUGUAAAAAAAGCACCAUUACAGGAAUACUUUAUGCGUUACAUUAUCCUUGCAAAAUAGCAGUGAGGUUCAGCAAUGCGUUUGUCCACACUUAUAGUAAAAUAAUGCAUGUAAAGAGUCUUUUUAUGUGAUAGUUCGAGAUUAGUCUAAAUGAAUUGCCGAACCUCACUGCUAUUUUUAAUGCCAGGAUAAUAUAACAGGCACAGUGAUAUACGUAUUAAAUAAUAUACAUUAAGACCAGACUUUUAUAAUAUGAGGUUUCAGAACAUUACAUAAAUAUUCUAAAAAUAAUGUGUUUACAGCUUCUGUGUUAUUUAUUUACUGCAUAUUUGCAUUGAAUUCAGAGUUUUUGUGUGUAAGACGAAUAAAAUAGCGCAGCACCUGUGUUUGCCAGUUGAUUGGCACCAACAACGCGCUGGAUUGAGCAGCAGCAGGGGCUCUGGAAAAAUUGGUCAGUCAGUUUUCAUAGUCCGAAGAAUUAAAAACAGCUUUCAUAUUGUCGGUGGACGAUUUGUCAGACCCGAUGUGUAAAACACCAUAGGAAUGCAUUGUUCCAAAACUGGCUUGGUGUGAACGGGCCUGAAUUGACUGAAUUUUUUUUAUCUUCAUACGAAUCAAAAUGUAACAAAUAAAACAAUAGUAAUAUUAACAAUGUUAAUUGUUGGCGAUGCACGCAGCGGUAAGGGUCAUUUUGGUGUGGUACCUACUGUAUUAUUACUAUUAUUAUUAUUUUAAUUAUUCAUACUAUUCAAUUGAUUGUUUGCCUUUUCAUCUGUUUUGUUAAAGGAAUGGUUCACACCCCCCCCCAAAAAAAAAAAAAAAAAAAAAAAAAAAAGUAAAA